AUGGAAGCAUCAAUUUCCUAUCACGAACCAACAAUAACUAUCAUAGCCAUCCUCUCAGGUUUUUUAAUUCUUCUGAACCUUAUCAACUAUAGUCUUGACAAGAUCGCGUACUGCGGUCUAAUUGGCCAGGUCGCGUUAGGAAUAGCUUGGGGUACACCAGGCGCAAAAUGGCUAUCUCGUGAGGUUGAAGAUGCUGUGAUGCAAUUGGGAUAUCUUGGGCUUAUUCUUAUCGUAUUUGAAGGUGGUUUGUCGACUUCUUUCAAAUCCCUCAAGGCCAACUUGGGCCUCUCCUUCGCCGUCGCCGUCACUGGGAUCUUUUUUCCAAUCGGUCUAUCUUUUGCCGUCAUGUCUAUGCUCAGCGCAACGCCAUUGCAGGCAUUCACUGCUGGCGCUGCGCUCUGUUCUACCAGUCUCGGUACCACGUUCAGCAUCUUGGGCACAAGUGGUCUUUCAGCAACUCGUCUUGGUGUUGUAUUGACGAGCGCUGCUAUGAUAGAUGAUGUCAUCGGUCUUAUUAUGGUCCAAGUUAUCUCAAACCUCGGCGGAGAUUCGUUUGAUGUUAUCACCAUCAUCAGGCCUAUUAUAGUAUCUCUCGCCUUUGCAACAAUCGUUCCGAUUCUCUGUAGGUUUAUAGUUGUGCCGGUCACUCUCCGUCUCAACUCUUACAGAAGAGUCAACCCUUCUUCCAAGGUUUCUAAAAUCCUUAGUGUGAGGCAGACUGCUUUUACUAUUCAUACAGUAUACCUCCUCAGCAUCGUCAUCGGUGCAACUUUUGCUGGCACUUCGAGUCUGUUAGCCGCUUAUAUUGCCGGUGCAACUAUUAGCUGGUGGGACUCUGAUGUUCCACAUGUCCAGACUCAGCACGAGAGCGUGAGCGAAACUUCAAAUGCACAACAAACUACAAAUGUCGAAAACUCGACUAUGGGGAACACGACUCCUGUUCCUACUGAGCAAAGAGCUUUGCCCCUAGGGAUGGAAGCCGGUUCAGGUGCCGAGAUCUAUCAUCGCUACUUCGAACCCGUCGUGGAUUGUAUUCUGAAGCCUUUCUUCUUCGCAUCAAUUGGUUUCUCAGUUCCCAUCACAAAGUUGUUUUCAGGUCCCAUUGUUUGGCGCGGGAUCAUCUACACAGUCCUUAUGGCGAUCGCGAAGUUGGUUUGUGGCCUUUGGCUGGUCUCCUUCAGCAACCCAUUCCAGGUUCUUAUGCAGCUUAUCCAAAAGCACACGCCUAAAUUCAAGCAGUCCCCGAAGGGUUUGGUACCUGGCGCUCAAUGCACAGACAACUCUUUUCCUGCAACAUCUCAAAAUAGGGACAGCGCAGCUCAACGACCAGAAGAGCGUGAUGUAGUCCCUCUAGAGCCACUGCCUAACUCGAAUACAACUCAGAUCGCUGCCCAAGUGCGCAACUCAAUACCAGAGCCUGAAAAGUCUCUAUCUCUGUAUCCAACGUGUAUCGUUGGCAUUGAUGACUGGUCGAGUGAUGAUGUGAGCGAAGCUCAGAUUUCGACUGUUACAACGUCCGAUAGUGACGUGUCUCAGCCCGCAGCGUCAGCCCCGAGAAGCCGACUAAGACCUGCCGGGAGUGCCCUUGCAUUUGUGCCAUUUGAUGACUGGGAGCCAAACCGGUCCUACGAAGGCGAACCGACGAUACGCUACAAUGUCGAAUGGAAACUGUCUGCGAAGAAUAGGUGCCAGGCUGGCGAAACAGAGCUAGACAUUGUAAUAUCGCCGCGCAAGUUCUGGAAAUACGUCCUUCAGUCGAAGCUGACGGAGGCGAGUGCUGACAAGCCGUGGAAAGAGGACAAAACAAAGCUCGUUCUAUCCGUUACCGAUCGUAAAACAGGUAAAAUCACGAAAGAAUAUCCAAAAUUGGACGUUAAAUGGUCGUUCAUUGCGCAACGACUUCGUGAUUGGAGUCCAUUUCUGAACGAUGGCAAGAAGAUCACCAUCAUGCUGACAUUCUAUUACCAAGCUCUUGAUCCAGGCAAAGCUGGUAGAGGGGGUGCCACGGCCAAUCAGCUGGCGGAUCUGGAAGCUAGGACAGCUGGCGUAGGUCGAAGGAAGCCGCUGAGCCAUGACGAUGUUCCCGACGAGUUCCGUCGCUUGGUUAGAGAGGACGAGCGGCAAUGGGAAGAGAGGGAACAGAAAGAGCGUGAGAGAACACAAGGCCGUAAGAGACGACGACAAGGCUCGGAUGGAUCACCGGCUGGUUCGACAGUGGUCCAUUGUCAUCAAGGCUCAAGUGACGAUCCACCAACUCCCAAAAUGAUCUUCCCAACCUCUCCCCUUCUAAGAUCUGACCUACCUCGAGAAGAAGGAGUCAGGGCGUACAGUGUCUGGCAGCGGUCUCAGGUGAGCACCGAGGAACAGAAGAACCAUUAUACAUCCGCUGAGGAGUUAACGUUAAUGCAUUGCCUCGACCUUGGUAUCCUUGCCAGUAAUCCAGAGAGGAUGUUCAAAUUCUACACCAAGAAUGCCAUACCGGAAGGCGUGGCAUGGCAUUUCGUUUGUGAUGUUAGGUACUAA